GCAGCCGAAGUGUGAGAGCGGAGGGGGGGGAGACAGAAGGCUUCAUCCACUGCCUGCCAUUGCAGUGCGGCGGCUGCUGCUCUGGAGCCACACCAGGAAAACCUUUCCAUUCCUUUACUGUAAGAUUUUCACAAGCACGCCGCGAGGACCAUUGCUUUGGCGAAGGUGAAUGGGUUUCUUGAUUUAUCCAGCGCAGCAAUGGAAGAGACUGUCAUUUGGGAACAGCACACAGUUACACUACACAGGGCACCAGGGUUUGGCUUUGGCAUAGCCAUAUCAGGAGGACGGGAUAACCCUCAUUUUCAGAGUGGUGAGACCUCCAUUGUGAUCUCAGAUGUGCUGAAAGGAGGCCCAGCAGAAGGCCUACUGCAGGAAAAUGACAGAGUCGUUAUGGUCAAUGCUGUCUCCAUGGACAAUGUGGAGCACGCGUACGCAGUCCAGCAGCUGCGUAAAAGUGGGAAAAUUGCCAAAAUUACAAUCAGACGGAAGAGGAAGGUGCAUGUCCCCAUGGGUCGCCUAGGGGAGAGGGAAACUAUGUCAGAGCAUGAUGAGGAGGAGGACAGUUACGAUGAAGAGAUAUAUGAAACGCGGAGCGGACGCAGUGGUGCUUACAGUGGUGUGGGUGGGGCCAUGGGCAGGCGCAGCGGCCGGAGCAGCGGGCGAAGAGAAAGGGAACGUGAGCGCAGCGGCUCAAGAGAGAGGAGUCUCUCCCCACGCUCAGACCGCCGCUCACACAACCUGCCCCCACGUCCUGCCAAGGUCACACUUGUCAAAUCCCGCAAAAAUGAAGCAGAAUAUGGCUUGCGCCUGGCCAGCCACAUCUUUGUCAAGGACAUUUCCCCUGAGAGCUUGGCAGCCAGGGAUGGCAACAUCCAGGAAGGGGAUGUUGUACUGAAGAUCAAUGGCACAGUGACAGAGAACCUCUCCUUGAUAGACGCCAAGAAGCUGAUAGAAAGGUCAAAGGGCAAGCUAAAAAUGGUUGUUCAGAGGGACGAGAGGGCGACCCUGCUGAAUAUCCCUGACCUCGAUGACAGCAUUCCUUCAGCCAACGCCUCUGACAGAGAUGACAUUUCAGAUAUCCAUUCUCUGGCAUCCGACCAUUCAAAUCGAUCGCAUGACAGACGUCGUAGAAGCCGCUCCCGCUCUCCAGACCGACGAUCUGAACCUUCAGACCACUCCAGACACUCACCCCCACAAAUCAGCAAUGGCAGUCACAGAAGUCGUGAUGACGAACGGAUGUCAAAGCCGGCGUCAACACCAGCGAAACUAGCAGAGGAGGUUCCUCUACCCAAACUGAAGGAGUCAGCCAUUGCCAGAGAGGAGAAACAGCUCCCACCACUCCCAGAGCCCAAGCCAGUGUAUGCUCAGCCUGGACAGCCGGAUGUAGACCUGCCUGUCAGUCCCUCUGAUGCCCCUGUGCCAAGUGCUGCUCAUGAUGAUAGCAUCCUACGGCCGAGCAUGAAGCUGGUGAAGUUCAAGAAGGGGGAGAGUGUGGGACUGCGUCUGGCUGGGGGGAAUGACGUGGGCAUCUUUGUAGCCGGAGUGCUUGAGGAUAGCCCAGCUGCUAAGGAGGGCCUGGAGGAGGGUGACCAAAUUCUCAGGGUAAAUAAUGUAGAUUUUGCAAACAUAAUCCGAGAGGAGGCGGUGCUGUUCCUCCUGGACCUUCCUAAGGGUGAAGAGGUCACCAUUCUGGCGCAGAAGAAGAAAGAUGUGUAUCGGCGGAUCGUGGAGUCGGAUGUCGGUGACUCCUUCUACAUCCGGACGCACUUUGAGUAUGAAAAGGAAUCUCCGUAUGGGUUAAGCUUUAACAAGGGUGAGGUUUUCCGUGUGGUUGACACCCUCUACAACGGCAAGCUGGGCUCCUGGCUGGCCAUUCGCAUUGGCAAGAAUCACCAAGAGGUGGAGAGGGGCAUCAUCCCCAACAAAAACAGAGCGGAGCAGCUCUCCAGCGUGCAAUACACUCUCCCCAAAACAGCAGGUGGCGACAGGGCCGACUUCUGGAGGUUCCGUGGUCUUCGCAGCUCAAAGAGGAACCUGAGGAAGAGCAGAGAGGACCUCUCCUCCCAACCAGUCCAAACAAAGUUCCCAGCUUAUGAAAGAGUUGUACUGAGAGAGGCUGGUUUCCUGAGACCGGUUGUAAUUUUCGGGCCCAUUGCUGAUGUUGCUCGAGAAAAACUCUCCAGAGAAGAGCCGGAUCUAUUUGAGCUUGCAAAGAGUGAACCGAGAGAUGCAGGAACAGACCAGCGUAGUUCAGGAAUCAUUCGUCUUCACACCAUCAAGCAGAUCAUUGACAGAGACAAACAUGCUGUGCUGGACAUUACCCCGAACGCUGUGGACAGGCUGAACUAUGCUCAGUGGUACCCGAUAGUAGUCUUCCUAAAUCCUGAUAAUAAGCAGGGCGUGAAGAAUAUGAGGACCAGACUGUGUCCAGAGUCCAGGAAGAGUGCCAGGAAGCUAUAUGAGCGAGCCAUCAAACUGAGGAAGAAUAAUCACCACCUGUUCACCACGACUAUCAACUUGAACAAUAUGAAUGACGGCUGGUACGGAGCUCUGAAAGAAACAAUCCAGCAACAGCAGAACCAGUUGGUGUGGGUGUCAGAGGGCAAGGCGGAUGGUACUACAGAGGAUGACUUGGAUAUCCACGAUGACCGUCUGUCCUACCUUUCGGCACCAGGUAGCGAAUAUUCCAUGUACAGCACAGACAGCCGCCACACUUCUGACUAUGAGGACACAGACACGGAGGGUGGAGCGUACACAGACCAAGAGCUCGAUGAGACUUUGAAUGACGAGGUGGGUCUGCCCACGGAGCCCGCCAUCACCCGCUCUUCAGAGCCUGUACGAGAAGACCCGCCUGUAAUUCAGGACACCCCUGGUUACCCUGGAUACCAACACCCCGUGCAGCCCGACCCAGCCAGUCGCAUAGACCCAGCUGGGUUCAAGAUGGCCGCGCCGCAACAGCAAGAUGAGGCUGCUCUGCCCAUGCCCACGUUGCCUCCGACGGUGGUAGUGCCCCCUGCUGUUGAGCAGCCUGUACAGCUAGAGGGUAUGCACCUAGAGGAGCCGCCUGCUGCAGCCGCAGCUUCUCAGGCUGACUCACUUAGCAGCCCCAGCCCUGCCCCUGAGCUUAUUCAGCCCCCACCACCACCACACGAACCCCACCCGUCUGGACCGUCUGGUCCAGAACCAAAGAUGUACAAGAAAGAUCUGUACAAUAUGGAGGACCCUGUGCGAAUUAACCAUGGCCUGAAGUCGUCUAUGAGCUACAGUCACCAGCCACCGUACCAGGACAAACAGCCAUACCGUGAAUACGACCACCCGCCUUACGGAUAUGAUGGAGGCGGCUACGUAGAACCAAAGGCCCACAACGCUGACUCUCACCUGCACUACGACAACCGUGUGCCUCAUUACAAUGAACAGUGGCCCCCCUAUGACCAGCAGACCUCGUCCUCACAGCCCGCAGGGUACCAGACGGGCCACCAGCAACCCAUGGGUUACACUCCCCGGUCCUCCUACGAGGAUGGACCAGGGAGGGACUACAGCCCCCCUCAGCCGCGCUAUGAUGAGGCCUCACCAGUGGGCUACGAUGGCAGACCACGGCACAAUAAACCUGGGCCCAUUCGUUAUGACGAACCCCCGCCCCCAGCAGGCUACGAUGCCCGCUCUCCUUAUGAGGCAGAACCUCACGGCUUUCCCAUUAAUUCACCUCGAUCACCGGAGGCUCCAAAGCAGUAUUAUGGUGACUCUGGUUUGAGGCCCACCUAUAUUCCUGGGCCUCCAAACCGGGGCUAUAAACCAGGGAUACAUGAGCCUAUGAUAAACUCUGAACCCAUAGUUCCCCCUCCUAAACCAGAGACCCUGCCAUCCCCAGGUGAGCCAGUGAUCACUUCAGGCUCCAAACCCCUCCCUCCUCCGCCCCGGGAAGACGUAGAUGACGACCCUGCCAUGAAACCACAGUCAGUGCUCAACCGAGUCAAGAUGUUUGAGAAUAAACGGUCUGUUUCUAUGGACAGGGCUAAAGAGGGAGGAGAGUCGUCAGCAAUCAGGCCUGCAGAUGUUCCUAAACCUGUGAGUGCACCUGGCCCAGUCCUCAAAGCCAAUUCCCUCAGCAACCUGGAGCAGGAGAAGUCCACCUAUAGGGUUCCUGAGCCACAGAAGCCCCAUACUAAACCUCUGGAUGAUGUAGUGCGUUCCAACCACUAUGACCCAGAUGAGGACGAGGAGUACUACAGGAAGCAGUUGUCCUACUUUGAUCGCCGUAGCUUCGAUAGCAAAGCCAUGGGCCAGCCUGCUCCUGGCAUCAACCGCUUCCAUGAUCUGCCCAAACCAGCUCAGCUGUCCUACCCGUACAAUAGAGUCGAAUCUGUAGAGAAGGUGAGUCCAGUGGAGAAAAGAUAUGAACCCCUGCCCCAAAUCAGCCCUUCCUCUCAGUAUGGGCCCCCUGCCUCUGCCAUUCCACCCAACACACUGCCCAAACUCAGCCCCAAUGAAGCCAACUCCAUACCUGAACCAUUGAGUUCACCCAAUCCUAAACCUGAACUGGCAGCUCUCAGGCCAGCUAGCAGGGACGAACCCGCACCAGGCGGCUACCUGCCCCCAAGAGGCCUCCCUGACAAAUCCCCGGUCAACGGCACUGAUUCAUUACCCCCAAAGACGCUUGGCGCUCCCGCUCCAACUAGCUAUAACCGCUACGUCCCCAAGCCUUACACCAGCUCAGCCCGGCCCUUUGAGCGCAAGUUCGAGAGCCCCAAGUUCAACCACAACCUGCUGCCCAAUGACACACAGGUGAAGACAGACCUCCUCAGCAAGCCCAGUGCGGUGAGCAACAGCAGUGGGAAACCUCAGCUGUCACCGCAGCCCCUGGAUCACGACAGCGGCCUGGACACCUUCACACGCACUAUGGACAACAGGCCGAAAUACCAGCACAAUAACAUCAACGCCAUCCCCAAGGCUAUCCCUGUAAGCCCCAGCGCGCUGGAUGAUGACGAUGAAGAUGAAGGACACACGGUGGUGGCCACCGCCCGUGGGAUCUUCAACUGUAACGGAGGGGUCCUGAGCUCCAUCGAGACGGGCGUCAGCAUCAUCAUCCCCCAGGGUGCCAUCCCCGAGAGCGUGGAGCAGGAGAUUUACUUCAAGGUGUGCCGGGACAACAGCAUCCUGCCCCCCCUUGACAAGGAGAAAGGAGAAACGCUGCUAAGUCCGCUGGUGAUGUGUGGCCCUCAUGGACUCAAGUUCCUGAAGCCGGUGGAGCUGCGCUUACCUCACUGUGCGUCCAUGACCCCUGAUGGUUGGUCUUUUGCUCUAAAAUCCUCCGACUCCUCGUCGGGUGAUCCCAAGACCUGGCAGAACAAAUCUCUCCCUGGAGACCCAAACUACCUGGUGGGUGCAAACUGUGUAUCUGUGCUCAUUGACCACUUCUGAAGAGGGCAACAGCUGGCCUGUUACUGAAUGUGAUAAUCAGGGGACCUCAGUUGCCCCUGCUGUGCUCCCAGCACCGUGGCAAGGUGCACACAAUGCUCAAUGAAGUAUGAACUCGAUACUCUCACGUUGUUUACUGUGCCCAAAAUUUGGAGAAAAAAAAAGAGAGAGAGAGCGAGAGAAACACAAACACACACUCUCACACAUACACACACACACACACAAGGCGAGUCGGAGGAGUCCAGCAUCUCCAAGGCUGUACUCUUGUUCUUUUUUCAUUUUUUUUCGGUGCUUUCAAGGCUUGCAAAAAAUAAAGAUUUAAAGAAGUUAUUUAAACAAAGGAACUGAAGUCGGAAUGCAUGACCAGUGCACAGACUGAAUAAUCUCAUUUUGACAUUUUUAGCUAAUUUUGUAAAAGGAUCAGAGCAGUUCAAGAAAAAGGAGAAUUUUGGAAACUCGUUUAAUAUUGCAAUGGGAUUUUUGCGUACUGAAAGAAAAAAAAAAACCCACUCACAAACAGCAAAGUUGGUAUAUGCGUAACUUUUGUUUGUGAGUUCUGUGGUCAUGCGUUUCACUCACGAAGGAUCUCUGAGGACUUGAAAAAUCCUGAGCCUGACUCAUGAAAGAAGACGUAGGCAUCAUAAAUAUUAAAAAAAAAAUAUAUAUGAAUAAUGAAGGUUAAGUAUUAGUAUCAGAUAACCCUUUGUUCUGACGGGGCUCUCUCUGUUUAAAACUGAAGUUUUGUAGCAAUGUUUUACCGUAGAUAAAUAUACUGACUUGAUUUUACAAACUCCUGCUGUCUAGAGAUCUAUGCAUGUGCUAUGACUCAGGUCCAGAAGCCUGCUACUACUAAGUUCAACACAUGAAAAUCCCAUCGUACACUGCAAGCAGUGAUGCCUUAUCUGCAUAUUAACUUUUCAGUGAAACUUUAAAACAUCGGAUCCUUCAGUUAUAGCGAUCACUACGGAAGAAAAAAUUUUUCUUUGCAUUUUCUCCUAAACAGUGAACUUGGAUUUAGCACACGAGAAAAAUUGAGGCUGAUGAAAAGGUAUGCUUUCUUUUACUGCUAUGCAUAUGAAGUCUGAGGAAAUACAAAAAGCUAGAAGAUGUUUAAAUUGUGGCUGUACAUAUUGCUAGCAUAUGGCCUUGGUUCUCUGUAAAUGAACUUUUGUACGUCUUUGUUAUUUUGUAUAAAAGAGAAAACGUUUGUUAAAAAAGACAAAGCGGUUACAUUGGUUAUGUUUGUAUUCUGGUUAUACCCCUGAGCCUUGGAACUGACAUAAGCAGUAAUAAGUCCGACUUUUCUACCAACAUAUACACACACUACUUAAGGCAUUUUUAACAGUCAGAAAACUUUUUAUUCUUAUUUACAAAAUAGAGAAGUGCUUGGUUUAAAUAAUUUUAAAAGAUGUACUUGAGGGGGUCUGCUGUGAAGAGUGGUCCCUUCCUUUAUUUGUGAUACUGGAUGCUGUAUUGUGUGCCCUGAAAUGUAUUUUUGUACUAAUAGACAAUUUAUUAUGGCACAUCAGUACUAUUUUCUUUUGAUAUAACACUGCUUCAAUCCAACACUAGUUUAUUUUCCUGUGUGGCUGACAUUCUUUUUAUUUAUUUUGAUUUGUCUUCGGUUCAACUGUUUUUUUUUUUUUUCCUUUGCAACACAUUUCUAAGUAUACC